AUGUAUGAAGACUGCACAAAGAAAAAUAGUUUUAUCCGAUCAGUCUUGUCAGGACAGGGAUCACUCAGCCCUCAUUUCAAGGUUUUGACAGCUUCGUCAAAGCUUGCUCGUGUUGCCUGGACGACGUCGCAGCAAAGGCUCAACCUCAACAAGCUAGCCCUGUCCUGCAUUGACGCCCCUCCGGCAACAUGCUGCAAAAAAGCCAAUUCGCUCGAGUGUACUAUGUUCGUCGAUGCGCUCACCACACUCGGAUACCAAAAAUGUUCAAGCUAUGGGGAAAUGCUCUUUACUCUCAGGGAGUCGCCAGAGCUGAUCGCGAGGAUCUUGAUUGCCGGGGAAAGGUGCCUCUCGGAGGAGAUACCCUCUUUCGUACACAGCCUCGUAACUGGCCUUUUUACGAGCUGUGUCCUCCCGAAGGACAAGAACAGUGUUCUCAAAAUCCUCAGCAACUUGGUCAAUCACCAGUUCGUUCAGUCGGAAAACCCAAGGAGAAUGUUGCGGCGAUCUUGCGCAUUCUCACGGUUGUACUCGUCUUUCCAUGAAAACUUGUUUUCUGCCAAGCUGUAUCUUACAGCUGCACUAUACGAGCCGAUAAUGCAGUUAUUAAUGAUGGAAGAAAAGUACCUCGACAUCGAUCCUGAAAAAGUUGCCAUAAGAUUGGAGGAAAGGAUGAAAAGGCCAGGGGCAGAAGGCUGUGAUGAUUACAAAGUCGAUAUUGAAAAUCACAGGUCUUCAACGAUUAAAAGUCUCGUCUCAAUAACGCAAGUUUUCAUUUUGAGCUUGAACGAAAACCUCCACUGCUUUCCCACUUCCAUUUGCUGGCUCGUGAACCAAAUAUAUUCUAAGCUCAUAAAAGCUAACAGCCUUUCUGAAAAGGAAGCGUUCGCUAUAUGCACCGAGCUUAUUUUUGCCAGGUUCAUCUGCCCGGCCAUCGUAAAGCCGGAGCUUUACGGCAUAACGGACAUUCCUAUAAGCAUCGUGGCGAGUUUCAAUCUGAUGCAAGUCGCCCAGAUAAUACAAAUGCUCGCCAUGAGGAAGUUCCAACCAGUCGAUCCCAAACUGGAAGACCUUUAUUCACAUUUCGACAGCGAAAGUUCGUGUUCGAUUAUCGACUCGAUGAUCGAUACGAACCUGUCGAACGACGAGCCAACUUUCGAGGAGGGAAAUAAAUUCGAAGUCCUUUCUACAAACGCCGCUCUAUUUACUGAAGCAGAAUUAUACUCUUUGGUGAAUUUUCUAAGGACGGUAUCAAAUGAGAUAAACUGUGAGGAUGUCAAGUUGCAAAAAGAAGUGACUGAAUUGAUCAGCCAGCUUCCUACGUCAGUUUCAAAUGGUCAUGUCAAAUCCGUAAACUCUUCACCAGAAAAUUCAUCCAAGAAAACUAGCAUUCUGUCUAAAGUGAGCAAAGGGAAAUUAGCAGGGGUAAAUGGAGGCGUAGAGAAUGGUUCUUCACCUGAAGAUGAAGACUCUGGGCCGACGGUGCUUGUUAUUCCAUUUGACCUUAACAAUGAAACCUCAUUAGGACUAGAUUCAGAGCAAAAGAUUUUAGCUUUGCAGAAAGAAUCUAAGAACAGAAAUAAAGGUAAGACUGAGCAUAUUGAUAGGACGGAAGGACAGGAAAAACGGACAAGAUUUUCUUUAUCGCAUGAUGAUGGCUCAAUCGGAAACACCAGCGACAAUUUAGAAGUUGUGUCAGAAGUGCCUUCAAAUCACAGCGUCGCUUCAUCACUCGAGCUAGAGACCGAGGAUCAGAACGACAACCUUUCCGACAUGAUUUCUGCAAACGUGUCUGGCAGGGGGUCGCCGAACAUAUCCGGCCGCGACACUCCUUCUUCUCAGAUAACCGAAGGCGACGAACUGACUUCGGUCGGCGCUGCCUCGAGGCAGCAGCUCGAGUUCAACCCGCUUCCGCCUAGGAAAAUGCAACCCCAGCCCAGAUUCGACUUGGACGACAAGUUCGGCAAAUUCGAAAUUAAAACGUUGAUUGAAGGAGCUGAUGAAACGGUGUCGCUCGUAAGCGAUACGUGGAGUACAGAUGUUCUCGCCAGUGACAGCGAGACCGUAGAACAGCAGCCGAUUCAACCAGCUCCACCGCCGAUUCUUUCUGAAACGCAAUCAAGCAAUCAGCUAAGCGAUGCAAUUGAGACGGCUUCCGAAGCCUGGAGUACGGAUGUAAUGGCUUCUGAUUCAGAAAGAAUGACUGAAGUCGACACUGAUGAUACUGCAAGUGUAGCUAGAUCUGAUGACACUGGACGAUCUGAAAUAGAAAGCCGUAAUGAGCUUGACCAGAUAGAUGAAGCUUCAAUGAUGCCACCAGGUCCUGCUGCAGAUUGCAGAUCGGUCAAAAGCGAUUCAGCUUGUAUGCCGUCGAAUGCAACUGGACGAGGGAGUUCCCGGCCUGACAAUAGGAGACGCACCGUUGAAUAUGUCGCAAGCAACAGGGAUCACAUCGGUCUCAGCAAUCAUGAAGAAAUGUCGCAGAUUAAUAAAAAUAUCGAGGUCAAGGUGGCUGCAUCUGAGGCAGCCGGAUCUCCUACGCAUAGUGUUCCGACGUCAGAAGCUUCAGCCAACUCUCCGCUACAUUCUUCUUCACUUCUUCCGCCUUUUUCGUCAUCGAAGUUGCAAUUUAGGACUUCAUCUCAGGCGACAUCAAGUCUUGAGGUAUCAAUGGAUGAUGACAGGAUUGACAGGGAACCUGGUGCUGUCGGGGGUUGCUUCAGUGCUUCCUCGUCUUCCAGCGGUAGCAGCGUCGGUCCGAGGAACCCGCCGACUGAACUCAGCCUCACGUCAACUACAAUAAUUGUUCAAAACGGUUCUGUCCUGAUGACGGACAAUCCAAUGCCGAAGCCAGCAGCGCAUACAGGUGCUAUUCCAAAAAGCAUAAGUUUUGAUAAGACUGCAGAAAGGGGUGACAAGGAGUUGCUUGAUGAAGAUGGAAAGCCAAAAAAUAGUUUCUUCCGCAAUUUAAAACUCUCUUUUAAGAAGCGUAGAGGAAAAUCAUUCAGGGGAGAUUGUUAUGAGCAGCUGCCACCCAGCGAUACCGACAUGUUGCCGCCUUUGAGGCUCAGGAGGGGAAUGUCCGAGGAGCAGAGGACACCUCGAAUCGACACUUCCGAAGACAUUCUCGCCAAGUACAGAGGUCAGAGGAAUGACGUCGAUACGGAAAAAUCCAGGCCGGCCCCCAACCCGGAGACGAAUGUAAACGACAAGGCAGACAAAGAAUACGAUGUGUUCGAAGACGCAAAGAAGAAACUCCGUCUCGUUCUGUCCACGACUGAAGUUCUCCAACUUCCAGAUUUUCUUCCCAUGAGGCAAGCUUGGGUCAGGAAAGAAAACGAACUUGUCGCUUUUCUUCAACUUCAACUUGCAGAAGCGAUAAACCUGCAGGAUUCUUGUCUGAUCCCACAGCUUUACGAGACUCUGCGCUGUGUGAAAAUGCUGAGCGAAGAAGAGUGUCAUAAGCUGUUCCAGUCGCUUAAAAUGGAUUAUAAAAACAGAAUGCCCUAUAUUUCAUAUUUGAUAAAAUGCAGGCAAUGUUUGUUAUCCACUCUUUCAAACCUCGACAGGCUGUUAGAAAGAGUAAACAGAGAGAAGACUGUAAUCCUCGGAUUCUUGAGUUCACUCUGCGUUAGGAUUUUCCUCGAAAAGAGAGAAGAGCAGAUUUACAAGUUCAGCAUGGAAUUCCAAUCGUUGACUCUCGCAGAUGAAAAGAGCGAUCUUCUUGAAUCGUUCUUGAACGUCAUAUUGGACGAAAUGGAACGCGAUCCAGUCUGGCAAAGAGCAAGUGAGGAUCAGAUAAAACAAGCGAGGAUAACCGUGGAACGAUCUUUGUGCAGUACUGUUUAUAAUCAUUCAAUGUACCCUAAUGAAGAGGGUGAUACAGCUCGAGAUCAGGUUUUACAAAAGCACAUCACCAAGUUGUCCAAGGUGAUAUCGCCGGAUCACAAGGAUCUAAGGAUCCCACAGAUGUUCCAUUCCGAAUGCCCUUGGCUGAGCGCGCAGACUGAAAUACGUAAAAUGGCUGCGUACAGGAGUCCAAGGGACAAACUGCAUUGCGUACUCAGAAGUAUAACAACGAUAAUGAAUCUCCUGUCUCUCACGUGUGUUCCAGCAGCGGACGAUUUGAUGCCAGUACUCGUUUAUGUCCUUAUAAUGGCGAAUCCGCCAUCACUGCUCAGCACGAUUGAAUAUGUCACUAACUACUACGGGAACCGGCUCGAAGGAGAAGAACAGUACUAUUGGACGCAAUUCUGCUCUGCGAUCGAGUUCAUCAAGACAAUGGAUUACACCAAUGACUAAAACAGCUUGACAAACGCUGAAUCCUGAUUGUGAUAUAUAGGUUUUACAUGCAUUUUCUAGAGCCCUAGAUUGUAGAGGUUUGCUCAUUAUUCACAAUUUUUUCCUCUUUUUUUAUUUUUGUUUUGUUUUUGUUUUAACAGUAUUAAUAUUAAUUUCGGGGGAUCUAAGAAAAACUUAUAAAAGUAGUUGGGUAGAAGCUAUUAGCAACUGCAAUUUAUCAAUAUAAUAAAAGUAACAUUCCUUUGCCUUCUAUAUUUUUUUUUAAGGCAAUUUUUUAGGGGCGGGGAUUCUAUUCUCGAAGAAUGGUGGAAGGUGAUGAUUUUUCAUUUAAGGCCUCGAGUUUGUUUUUUCUUAGGUUUAAUAUUUUUAUCACUUUCCCAGAAAUUCUGAUUGUAGAUUAAAUUUGUUCAUUGAUAAAUGUUGAAUGUACAUAUCUAUACAAAACAAUUUUUUUUUUCCAACCAAUAUUAAUAAACUGAUAUUUUUAUAUUAUUAUAGCAAGUUACCCAGAAUAUUAUUUGUUAAUGAUGUGUGUUUAAAGUAAUUUUUUUUUUUCUAAAUGUUGCUCUUCUUUUCUGGAUUAACCGUUUUUUCUCCUUCAUAUGCUCAUAUUGUUUUCAUUUUAGGGAAUAAUUCAUAGAGUUACUUGUAACAUGAAUACUAUUUUAUAAAUUUUAUUUAAGCAAUCAUCCAAUCCUUAGAAAGAAUAAUUCAAUUUAAUUGUGUCAAAUAUUCCUGUCAUUAUAGAAUUAUUUUAAUUAAUACUCAUUUUCCAAGAUCUAAGCAAUUGGAGUUACCUGAAUAAAAAAAGGA